AGAUGCACUUCCUACUUCCGGCAUAUACUACUCUGCUGUGUCUAUGCGGCUGUUGGCUCUAUUCAGUUAUCUCUUGUUCGGAUAUUUAUGACUUAUGGUUAUGGCUGCCAGUAGCACCCUGGUGGUCACAGAGCCUCCUGGGUUAGAAACACAGCAGCGAGAGAUUGAGAGUUUAGUCCAGAACCAGGAGCUCCGACUCGGGGACUGUUGGUAUCUGGUGAGCAGAAGAUGGUUCGGUUUGUGGAGCGAGUACGUGAAGAGUGGCGAUCAGAACUCCCUGUUGUUUCCCGGGAAGAUCGAUAACACCGAGCUGUUUGAUGAUUUGGACUCGUACCGGCUGAAACUGGGGCUGGUAGAGAGUGAGGACUUCAUCCUGGUGCCUUCCGAAGCCUGGCGUAAGCUGCUGUCCUGGUACGGUAUGGCGGAUGACCAGCCUGCUCUUGAAAGGAAGGUCAUCGAUCUUCCCAGUGUACUCAAAGUUGAGAUCUAUCCUGUGGAAAUCUUCCUGUGUCUGCACAGCGACAGGGAAAACCUGGUAUCAGCCCGGUUCAGCCGAGCCGACACCAUACUCAGCAUUCAGAAGGUGAUACAGAAGGAGUUUGCUGUAGCGGAGGAUGCUGAACCACGGCUGUGGAUGAAAAGCUCUGAUAACUGUGAGAGGCUUCGAAACCUUCACAUGACUGUGCUGGAUGCCUGUCUGUGCACGGGCAUGACAGUGAUCAUGGAGCUGAGGUAUGCAGACGGCACAUGGCCCAGCUCUAGCCCAAACAUCACGAGGAACUCCAUGGAUGAGCAGGACACGUUUCAAGGGCAACCUGGACUGUGCGGUCUCAGUAAUCUGGGCAACACCUGCUUCAUGAACUCUGCUCUGCAGUGUUUGAGCAACACACCUCCGCUGACCGAGUACUUCCUGAGGAAUUUGUACCUGGAGGAGCUGAACUUCACUAACCCUCUGGGCAUGAAGGGAGAGAUCGCUGAGGCCUACGCCGACGUCCUCAAGCAGAUUUGGUCGGGGAAGCACUCUUUCAUUGUGCCACGUGGUUUUAAAGCUAAGUUGGGCCAUUUUGCACCCCAAUUCCUGGGUUACCAGCAGCAUGACGCCCAGGAGCUUCUGUCCUUCCUGCUGGAUGGCCUGCACGAGGAUCUGAACCGCAUCAAGAAAAAAGAGUAUGUUGAGGUCAAGGACGCAGAUGGCAGACCAGACCAGGAAAUGGCAGACAGGGCGUGGUGUGUCCACAGGCUACGGAAUGACUCCGUGAUCGUGGACACGUUUCACGGGCUCUUAAAAUCCACACUGGUCUGCCCUGAGUGUGGAAAGGUGUCUGAGACCUUUGACCCUUUCUGUUACUUGACUGUUCCCCUGCCUGUCAGCAAGGAGAGGGUCAUGGAGGUGUUCUUUGUUUCCCUCGACCCUCUGGCCAAACCUGUGCAGUACAGAGUGGUCGUUCCCAAAACUGGCCGAGUAAUGGAUUUAUGUAUCGCUCUGUCUCAAGCCACCAAUAUCCCAGCGGAGAAGAUGGUAGUGGCAGAUGUAUUUAACCAUCGCUUCUACAGGAUCUAUCAAAACAACGAGUCUCUCAGCCUUAUACAGGACAGAGAUGACAUCUUUUUCAUAGACAUCACAGAAGAGACAGCGCAGACAGAACAGGAGAGGGAACACCCAAUUGGCACAACGUUAUAUGCGUACGAGCUAGACAGCAGCACUGUAGAUCCGGAUGAGGAGGAGGAGGAGGUGCUGCUGGCCGUGUACAUGCGCGAACGCUCCAACUACAGAGACUACGGCUCAGGGGGAAACAGCUACAGCACGUCACUGUUCGGCCACCCGCUGAUGCUGGCUCUGCCUCGUGCACAGUGCACCAGAGAUGCCCUUUACCAGCUGUUUCUCCAGCGCCUACAGCGAUAUGUGCGUCAGCCAGACCCGACAGAGGAAGUGGAGGAGGAAGAGGAAGAAGAAAACAGUAGCGAAGAGAAUGACGAAGAAGAUGAGAGAUACAAAAAUCAGACCAAUGGACCGAGCGGCGAUGAGGCUGAGGAAGAGUCUGAAGAGGCAGGGCAAGACAGAUCGAAGACAGAGGAGCCUUCCCAGCAGAGCAGCGCUCAAUCAGAAGCGAGUCCCAGCAGCAAAGGGGAGGAGAAAGUGGAGGAGGAGGAGGAGAUGAACAGCGAAGCUGACCAGGGCAGCAGCACAGAGGAGGUCCCAUCAGCAUCCGGUAGCACGGACAACAGCUUCCAAGAUGCAGGAGACGGGGAGCAGGCGACUGCAGCAGAGACGUCUGUGAAUGUCGAGGAUGAGGAAGAAAAUGACGAAGAGUGUAGUCAAACGGUUACUCAGGCGAAAAAGGGGGUGACGAGUAGCCGACGUUGUGCUGAGAACAGAAAGAAGCCACUCUUCACCAUACAGGCUGUGAACUCCAACGGCACAGAUCGAGGCAUCGCGGACGGAAACAGCGCACUUUCCUGCAGCAAUCAGCUGUAUGUGGCCAUUGACUGGGACCCUGACAUGAAAAAGAAAUAUUACGACGACAUAGAAGCAGAGAAAUAUGUAAAGGACAAUAGCAUGGCUGUCCCACAGCAGCAGACCACAGUGCAUCUGCGGUCAUGUAUCGAACUCUUCACCAAUGUGGAGACACUCGAGAAGGAAAAUCCCUGGUUCUGCCCGACUUGUAAGACGGAACAGCUCGCCACCAAGAAGCUGGAUCUGUGGUCUCUUCCUGAGGUCCUCAUCAUCCACCUGAAGCGCUUCUCUUACACAAAGUACUCCCGUGAGAAGCUGGACAUCAUCGUCGACUUCCCUCUCCGAAGCCUGGACUUCUCCGACUGCCUCUUGAGGGAGACGGGGAGCGAUUCGGAGCCUCCCAGCAUAUACGACCUCAUCGCUGUGUCUAACCACUACGGCGGGCUCAGAGACGGACACUAUACCAGCUUCGCCCGGAACAAGGACAACGGCCAGUGGUAUCAUUUUGACGACCAUGCUGUGACCUCCGCAAAAGAAAAACAAAUAGUGACCAACGCUGCCUACGUUUUGAUCUACCAGCGCCAAGACAAGAUCCAGCACCCAACCCUCGCACCUCCUGAUGAUCACGAUGGUCUGGGUGCGGCAAUGAAUAUAGACUGAAACUACUGUUUGUAUGUUUUCUUCUCUCUUUUUUUUUUCUUGCAUUCCAUCCUUCCAUCCAUCUCCCUCUAUAUUUCUCUCUAUGUUCUCUUCUGCUCUCAGGUUAAUUGAGGGAAUGAUUUAUUAUUAUUUUCUUUUCUUUUUUCCACAAAGAAAACAAAACUUGAACCUUCUGCCUUUUCAUUGCCCAAAGCAGGAUGUGAGAGGCAGGGGCUACUCUCUCAGGCUGGUGCAAAGGCAUCAUGAGUAGGAGACUGUAAAGGCUGUAGUUAUCCCUUCAGGAGCAGCUGCGGGAACAAGUGCGUGCGUCGCUUUCGUUUGCACCCGCGAGUUUGUGAACUUUCCGCCACUUGCUGCUGCUUCUGAGUUCCAUAGCACAAUGUUUUUUUUGUUUGUUUGUUUGUUUGUUUUUCUUCUUUUUUUCUUCUUGCAUGACCAAAAUCUUUUGUUCAUAAAUAUGUAGAGUUACUUCAACGCCUGUCACUGAUAUGAAAGCUGCACCUCUCACUUUAUUAACUUUUAGCAAGCAAUAUUUAGACACACAAACUUCCUCUUUUUAUCUGAUUGUACUAAAACUUCAAUUUUUUUUUACAUUACAUUAAAGGAUGACUCCAGACUUUUCAAACUAAACACAUUUGAAUCGUAUAAACUUUUACAGCCUCACUGUACUCACUGCAAACCUGUAUUUCUCAGCCUGACUUCGUAUGGAAGUCUAAGGGCAGUUGUUCAAUCGCUUUAUACAGUAUAAGACAUAGAAACUCUUGGACUCGAAGAAUAACACAAGACUGACAAGUUUUAUUGAUGCUGUUUGUAUGGUUAUUUAACCACCUAUGGAAUGGCGGAGCAACGCAGUAAAAAGCGGCUCGGAUAUUUUACAGACGUAUAAAAGGAGCUCUGAAUUAUUACUCCGUACACCGAGACGCUCCAACCUUUUUACUUUGGGCUACAUACAAAUUCAUCCGAAUGACACACACAUUCAUAAACAGAUGUUUUUUGUUUUGUUUUGUUUUUUCCCCAUAAAAGUUUAAUACGUUUAUGAUUGAUCACAAAAUGCCCUUAGACACUUCAAUGCCCUCAGACGCAUUAUCGAUGCAGUGAGUACAAAUGAAGCUUUUUAUAUUAGUACAUAUUACUCUGGAGUAAUCUUAGGAGUCUGCAGUUAGCAGGUUUACAGAGAAACGUGUAAUGUUUUUAAAGACACCAGCAUCACUUUGGAUUCCUCUAACCUUUGCUUCACACACAGAAUACAAUAGGUCUUUUUUUUUUUUUUUUUACGAAUUAUUCAUCUAAACACAUCUAAGGACUUACUUAAGGGUUUGUCUGACGGCUUCACACACACACACACCUCAAGCAUCUCCAACAUGUAAAAUGGUGUUUUUAUGUCAUGACUCUAUUUAAAUGCUGUUCAAAAUGACUCCGGGGCAUCUUUCUAAAAGCGUUAACUAGUUCACACAAUAUCUGUGAAGCCCCAGGGUUUUCUCUUCAGUGUGGUUUUGUUUUCGUAGAUGGAGACGAAGUACACAAGUCACACACCUACGGCAAAUAAGUCAUAUUUACUUAUAUUUAUAAGCUGUAGCUGAGGUUAAAACUCAGUAGAAAACAACAAAUGCUUGAUGUGUGUCUGUGAGGGGAAAAAAGCCAGUACUCUGUCCAUGCUGAAUAUAUAUAUAUAUAAUUACACAUAAAAUGACUUUGUUCUCAACUUGGAGAGAGUUUUAAAAAGAUUUUUAGCUUCACGUUCUUUUCUUUUCUCCGUUCAUUUCUUUUUCCUUUUCCCAGUGUGAAUGUGGCCCUCGCCACAUUCACACAAACAUGGCAGUGUAGCAUGUUAUUCGCUGCUAAAGUUCAACUGCUGUUAACUCGGUUUUCUUUUCAAUCUUCCCUUCCCCGAUUUAUAGGGUCGUAUAAUUUAAGUUUAGGUGUGUUUUUAAAUUAGGAUCCUUCUUUGUCUUUGCGUAUGUGCACUACACAGGGUAUACGAAAUAUUAACGCAGCGUUUGGAAUGCAUUAGAAUUUAAAUAGAGCGCCAUUAGAGAUUAAAAAUAAAGACCAGGGAGACGUAGACGAUUAGGACUGCUGUUCUUGGGUCAGGUUUUUUUUGUUUUGUUUUGUUUUUCUGGGAAACUUGCUUUAAAUGCUUUUUCCCCUUAACCAAAAUUGCUAACUUUUGCUAAUAACAAAUAAAACGUAUAGCACAGCCAAGUGUUGCGCACGUGACAUCCUUGACUGUAUGCUCUCGUUUUAUUCGCCGUUAGCAGGUUUUUUUUUUUCCUCGCCGAUAUCAGGGAUAUGUCUCAAACUGAUGCAAUAUAAUUUCUGUGAAAAUUAAAAGUCGAGUGUGUUUUUUUUUUGUUUGUUUUUUUUUAGGCGCCUUAUUUAUUUUUUUUAAUUGCCAAGAAACUGACUGACGCCGUCGAAACUUCGCGAUCUUCCAUAACGCUCUUUCAGAGAACGCGCACAGAGAAGAGGUCUAUUUUUUCCGAAGAAUUUCUAUUUUUAACAACAAAGCAGGAUUAUAAAUAUUUGUCAUUUCUGUGCAAUUUCUAGCGAACUGUUUGGAGCGAUGAGAUUUGGUAAAAAGGUAAAAAUGAUUUUUAAAAAUGGAUCUGUACAGUAUUUUUGUAUUGUAAUAAAUAUCUUUUGAAUAUACUGAUUGAAUGCACGGGUAGAAUUCGGGAUAUAUUUUACUUUGAGAGUUGGAAUAUCUAAUUGUAUACCGAAAUUUUGAUAUGAAUAAAUGAGUUCUGUAUAUUAA